AUGUCUUUCGAGUUGAAGAAAGUCCCCGUUGAAGAGCUUCAUAAGAUGAUCGCUGCAGAAAGAUAUGCCUUCGAGACUCCACUUCAACCUAUCUUCCGCCUAUACUGCCCAGUCACCAACAACGAUCCCCAAGAGACCAUUGCUGACAUCGCAGCCAGGGAGCAAGAACAAGCAAAAAACCCCGAUCCCAAUGUAGAGAACAUAUGGAUCAAAGCCGUCACCUCACAAGACUCCAAGACCACCGAGACCCUCGUCGGCGGUGCACAGUGGAUCUUCAUCUCAGAAAAAUCAAGCUCCCUCGACGCCGAUGUCGAGUCAUUUUCCAAACGUCAUCCCGAAGGAGGGGCAAGACUCUUCGCAGCCCAGUCAUAUCGUAUCCUACGUGAAUGCGAAGAAAGACACAGACUAGAGAUAUCUGGAAGCGGUCCAUAUGCUACACUCGGCAGCUUUUUCACGCUGCCUGAGUAUCGCAAGCUGGGCAUAGGCCACUUGCUUAUGCAGUGGGGACUGGAAAAAGCUGAUGAGAAGGGUCUGGAUAUAUGGAUUGAAGCUGCGCCGCCGGCAGUUCCCUUUUAUGAACGCCAUGGCUUUGUACAGAAAGAGGUUACUCACUUACAGCCCCGACGACCGGAUGGUCUCGAUGAGAAGAUUGCUGCGGAAUGGGAUGAUACGGCGAGGGAGCUUUUGCCUAUUACUACUGUUACCAUGUGUCGUUUAGCAGGCACUUGUUAG